AUGGCGGACGGAUCCGCGCAACCGAAACCGAGCAGCAGCGUGAAGCUGGUCUUGCUCGGCGAAGCAGCAGUCGGAAAGGUAUAUCGCACGGGCAGACACAUCGCUGAGCUCAGAAAGCUAAUCUUAUCGCAGUCGUCGCUCGUUAUGCGCUUCGUCAACAACGACUUUCAAGAAAACAAGGAACCCACAAUUGGAGCCGCAUUCCUCACACAGAAAUGCAACCUGCCAACCCGAACUAUCAAGUUUGAGAUCUGGGACACGGCGGGUCAAGAGCGCUUCGCGUCCCUUGCGCCCAUGUACUACCGCAACGCCCAGGCCGCGCUCGUCGUCUACGAUAUCACUAAACCCUCGUCCCUCACAAAAGCCCAGCACUGGGUCGCCGAGCUACAUCGCCAAGCCUCGCCCGGCAUCGUCAUCGCGCUCGUUGGAAACAAGUCUGAUCUGGCAACUGCUGGUGGAGAAGAUGUCACUGAAGACGCAGACGAUGCGCCGGCAGCUGAGGGUGAGGAUGCCACGGAAGAAGACGGCGCUGACGCACGGAGAGUACCCGUCAAGACUGCAAAGGCAUAUGCCGAAGAGGAGAGCCUGCUGUUCUUCGAGACCAGCGCAAAGACCGGACAGAACGUCGCAGAAGUCUUUACAGCGAUUGCGAAUGCAAUUCCAGAGACCAGCUUGAAAGGCCCACGAGGCGUCGGUGGCCAGACAAACCUCGGCAGGCAAGAGGACGCGCGAGUGAAUCUUGGCAGUGCCCGUACAGAGGGCGCAAAGGAGGGUUGCGCAUGCUGAGACUAGUUUGGUGCAGGUACAUGCAGUUUUCUGAACAUAUGAAUAUGGAUUUUCGAGCGAGCUUCCUUUGUUGAGGCGUUGCAUGCGGUUAGUUUCCAUCGUCAAUACCAGUUAAUCUCUGAUGUUUAAUCGUU